AUGCCUCCCGGUGACGAGCCCGCCUCUGCAACGGCUUCGGCUUGUCCGACUGCUCCAAUCAUCACGGUUGCCCCACGUCGUGAUCCCGGUGUGUUCUCUGGCCUGGAGGGACAGGAUGUCGACCACUGGAUCAAGCCCUAUGAACACGCCAGUCCGUUUUCUAUACCCCCGGCGUCAAAGUAUGGGCCUGGAUACCCACACGCCGUCGUGGGCGCUCCGAAAAAACUCCUACGAGAGUACUUUGGGCCGUACAGAGUGAUCCGCUGCCUCAGCGAUGUGAAUUACGAGGUCGUUCCCAACAGUGACAAUAGCUCCAGUCGCCGCAAGCACUUACCCGAAGUGGUGCAUGUGACUGGCUUCCAUUGGCUACGUGGAGAGGAUGGCCGAAUGGCUGCGAUCUCGAAUGCCAUCGAUGAUAUACUGCCUGGCCUCAAGGGACGUCCGAGCAAGGCACGUGAACGCUGCAUGACGGAAGCGGAAGAGAUCAAGCACGUCACGAAGGGAAACGAUGAUGACACGUUCCAGAUGCUUCUGGCCAAGGACCCGAGCACUGUUGGUGACGUCAUCAGCUUGUGCCACAGCUAUGAUGAAUUACGCAAGCAGCGAGCUCAGAAAAGGCGACAUCUCACACCAAAUACGGCAUCACUCUGCAGCCUGACCACCCACCCAGAAGAAGCCUCCCUGAUAACCCAAAUGAAGGAUUUCAUGCGCGAAGGAGUCGCACGACAGCUAUCACUGGUGUCCGUCGCUCAGGAGUCUGCCAGCACUCUGCCGUCUCAUCUCCGUAACGUGAUGCAAGAAGAGGUCGCGGAAGCGCUGCCACCUGUUCGCCAACAGAAUGUCGUGACUACACCAGUCACUUAUGCUAUGGCUUCUGCAAUGGCCCCUCGCAUUGUGCCCGUGCGUUGCUUCCAGCAGCCUGCACACCGUCCUCCCCCUCCCGUCUCCUGGACCACCACUGCCCUAGCUAACCCGUGGCGCAGCGAUCUUCGUGGCACGGGCAGCCAGCUGGACCCGGCUCGCGUGCACCACGCGCACGAGGCGUCACGCGAGGUGAAAGAGGAAGACGGUUCGAAGCCAAUUUUUGAGAACGCGACUGGCGGGGAUUUCUUCACGACCGCACUUGCCAAUUCGAGUGCUGCAGACCACUUCAUAGACUGCCACAUGUCUCAAGAAUGUAACCUGUGCUGGCAAACGUGCGAGCUCAUCGAGGCAAACUACCCUGUCUGGGGCAACAUGUGCCAAAUUGAAGACAUCUGCUUCGCCGGGUGCGAAGUCGCGUGUACAUUUCGGAAAAAUAUUCCUAAAGGAGCCAGUUCGGUAGCCGGUAUCUUUAACCGAACACCUCGGGUCGAGCGAAUAGGACAACAUUGCCAUGUAACCUGGACGAGACCUGAUGCGAUGCGCACUGCUAGUUCCUCAGUCCCCCUGGUGUACAUUCUACUGGAGAGACGAAGCCGUAGUGAAAGGAAAUGGGAAGAAAUUGUUCAGACGCAACACCUCAGCGCGACGCUUUCCAGAGGCAACACGGCCAAGCUGUGGGGACUCCGUGUUGUGGCCGUAGCAACCAGUGGAAUUUGGGCGGCAAGCAGAGUGAUAGAGUUGCCGUCAUUGCAGACCAGUGCCGGCGGCGAUUGGGCCGCUGCCGACGAGGAGGCUCUGCAGUCCGACGUGGCAGCAGAGCCACGUGUGCUAAUUCCAUGGCCGCCCCCACAGCUGCUUUCUCUACGUCCAAGUACAACCCGAGGGCUGGAAGCGCACAUUGCCUGGCGUUCAAAUUAUGACCACGAGGCCCUCAGUGACCAAAAGUUUGAGCUGACUUGGAGACUUGACGAUGGCGAUAUAGAGCUAACUGGCCGACUCUACACGUCCGAGACGGAAGCCACGUUUCCAGUUUUGCCGGCCUCCACUUACACCGUGUUUGUUCGACGACUUGACGCAUCCGGGGGUUCCGUGGCUGCCAGCGAAGUGCUCUUCUUGGACACAUCCGCACGGGAAACAGAAGCAAAGCUGCUGCACAGCUCGAGAGGACGAUGCGUGCGAGUGGAAAUGAUGGCCGCUUGCUUGUCCGCCGCUUCAGUUCUGGCGGUUGUUUGCGUGGCGUCUGCCGUCUGCAGAAAGAGUCGGCGCUCCCGGUCACAUACAGCAAUGAAGAAAACGGCAACAUCAAUGAACCUCAAAGACUACAACUUUGUUCCUGGCUACGUUCCUGAAAGCUGCAGUCACCUCCAGUGCGGUCACCCAAGAAGCUGUCGGCUUCCUUGCGGUAACAAUGAAAAAGUGCCUGGCCUGCAGGUUGCCUUCAAGGAAGCCAGUAGCCCUGAAGACGGCACUUACUUUGUGUUCGACCUACGCUCUUGAGCAGUGCAUACAAACAGAAUUUGAUUGGCUCUGCUUAGAUAUAUGGGCUCAAAUGUGGAGCGCCAACAAUAUCUGAAAAGAGCAGAACUCAUUGGCUCGUAUUUCCCUUGAUCUCACUUUUCUGCAGCAAGCAAAGUUUAACCACAUUUAUCACAAAAAAACAGGACCAGAAGCAACGGUCUCGAUCUUUUAGAAAGAUCAGAAACAGCAUGAGCCAACGCAUCUGAAGUACUCCGAAAAUUUCCUGCAGAACUACUUUACACAAAUCGCACUGUGGUGCGAUUUCGUUCGGAUAAUGCUCAACAGAACGACGUUCUUUUUUAUAUUUUGCUUUUACAAUUGCUGCAGAGCUCAACGGCAAAAGACGAUGAUAGGCAAGUUUGCACGUGGCUGUGGGUGUUACUGGUGCGACUGGAGGUGUCAAACAUUGUUAUAUUUUGCGAAACUCCCUUACGCAAUGCCCUUUUCGGGCCUAUAAGGUAUUUUGAAUAAAUAAAUAGGUUAGCACAGGAAACGAGCCACUGAUCGAAAAAGGGCCCCAUUCUGGCAGAUUCUUUUUUCAUGCCUUAGCCUUUUGCCCAACAACAGCUGAUUGCUGAAAAAGUUAAGCUCUGAAUUUUUGUGUAAUUAUGUGGGAAAGGCCCUUUUAUGUAGCGGAAUAUAUACUUCAUGCUUGGACAUUCGAAUUUGGAACUACGUUGUUUGUGGCAUACCUUCAGCAAUGUUCUCAUAAUAAGAAAUUACGAACGCUUUGUGUACCUCACAAAUCGCGCAUGGAGCCCAGUUGAAUGCUGGACAAUUGCUCAAUGUUGCCAUAAGAGAGACCACAGUGCGUGUUUUCCAACAUGUUUUCGUGCUUUUCUACGACGGAGUGUGAAAUUAAAGUAGGUUGUUUCGACACGUAAAUAGGACAAAGAGCUCCUCAUAUGACUCCCUAUAUUCCGCAGUAGGCAAUCGCAAGAUCUGCGAAGUCUCAUAAGUGUUAUGUGAAAAUGCCUACAUGAUUUGUAAAUGCCCCAUAAAAAAAACUGUAACAGCCUCCGGCCUUGCUUGCCGUAGGUAAGUAUAAAAAUUAUUCGCCUUACAUUUCGAAACAGGGUUGCUUCCAGAGAAUUCAAUCUUGCUGGUGUUGCAGAUAACGGAAUCGAUAACCAUGCUAGUUGGUCUUCAUUCGUCUUUGAAUUGACUUUUCCCGCACAAGACACAACAUGGACGUGCUGUCCCUGUGUGCUUCGUUGUCAUCCAUGCAGUUCCUUGCGCUGAACAUUGAAUGAUACCAGAUGUUACUCUGAAUAAGUACAUGUGUACAUAUUCUGCGUGCUAAUUUGCGUUAGUUUGAGCGAAUAGUAUUAAUACAUGAUAUGGGGUUGAAUAGAUUCACCAAAUAGUUUACUAGUCAUUUCACUUCCCGUGGCGCUGCAUUAGAUACAGCAUGAAGCCAAAAGAAAAGAAAUAAGCUGGAAAACAAUGAACAUUGCAAGGUCACAACAAUUUCCAGGAUGCGUGAUGGACACUAUUACUUGGGGAAUUACUUGGGGUGGGUAAUUGCAGUUAUCCAUAAAAUAUGUAUGCUGCAAUAAAUAACUGCUUAUGUGACAAGUGUAAUUUGCUAUUCACAAUGAUGGCAUCUGUUGCUGGGAUCCGUUGAAGCAUUAUUUUCUAAUCUAGUGAAUGCAUAACGUAGGGGUCUUGAAAUGGCUAUUUAGAGGUUUAAAAUGUGAAGUGUUGUGUUGAAAACUUCAUAAGUGAUCUAAAGUUAGCUUUUUUAGGCUGCGUUAUACACCAUCUCAUAUACCCACAAGGCAACAAAGUACGUAUUUAUGCACUUUGUAUGCAUUUAAGGAAGGAAUUUUUUGUGCAUAAAAUGGCAGGGACCGAACGCGCUAAGCUUCAUGUUCGUAAAUCACAUUUGCCACUGGUACCACGCUUCCUUCCUAAAAUUAUUAGGUGCAACAGUGUGAAUGAGGCAUCUGCUCUUGUGAAGUCUUCUAACAUAACUUGAAUAUUGGUGAAAACACAAAGAACGUCUGGACGUUUUACCGUUGUUUCUAUUUUGCUGGCCUUGAGAGCAAGAUUCAGUGGCGAUGUUGUACAAUUUUACUGUAAUUUGCACCUUCAACUGUAUAACUUAAGCGUCAUUGGCAUAUCCCUGUGGUAACAAUCAUUAUGGCAAAUUAUUUUAUUCGACAGUUGGCUUAAGCUACUUUCUGACCGUAGCGAAGAAAGACUGCAAGCGCUCAGCGUGGUGCUAUACAUCGCUUUACUUAUUUAUUCGCACGAAUGUUGCUAAAUUUAGGAAAACGAGCAGUAUGCCCAGGACAAUUGUGAUAUUCUUGGAAUUCAGUGCGUGAGACUACGGGUCUCGUCCUUUCUUUUUGCCUCUAAUGCAUCCAUGUUCGUAGAUCUGUCACCUUUAUAAAUAAGUUUGAUAUCCCCUAUAUACUACGCUCAAUCGCAGGAACUUUCAUACAUAUAAACGCCUCUACUCUAAAGCUCAUGUAUUCAGAGAGUUCUAGUAUGCAUCUUCGGCGGAAAUCAUGUACGCGAAAGCAGGUAUAUAGAUUUCACCCUGAUGUGCGUUUUCGCCAUGAAACAGGAGUGGCGAUCCAAGCACAGGCAGUCCUCAGGAGCACAAGAAUUGCAACACAUCCAACAAAACAAACUGGCCAUGUGUAGAGAGAAGUGCAAAUUGUCACAUCCAAUUAUUGUUUUGCUUGUAGCCCUAUUGUAUGCACAGCAAGAAACCCGGAGCACCAAGCAGUAGCGAAAAAGUAAAUGCAUUCGCACUAUGUAACUUUCCCUAGUAACCAUUUUUACGAGAGGACUCAAUGCAUGUGGCAAAGGAAGACCAAAUGGGAGUUUAUUUGUAGGCAUGCUGCUUAUAAAUAUUGCAUUGCUUUGGUGCUGAACACAAAAAAGUGCGAGCUAGUCAAUAUCGGAAAGUAUCUUACAAUUUAGACAGCUGAGAAGACUUGGCUGUCCCUGAAAAAAUAAGUUGCGUUUUGCAGGGUAAAGUUAUGCAGUUUACUCGUACUCAGUUUUAAUUAGGAGAGGUGACACUCAAAGUACGAUUGCGUGUUAGACACAGUUCGCACUUGGCUUCUAGCGGUACCAAUUCUUUAAAUCUGUUUAGCAACAUCGCCAGAUGUUUUUAAUAGAGCUAACUGACGGGGUUUGGCUAUGGCUAGGUUAGGUUAUUAGACAUUGCCCAUUGGAAACCGCAGCAGCUAAGCCGAGCUUCACAUUACCUUCUCAAUCGAGUCCGCCAAAUUAGAAGCUGAAGAGAUAUCAGGUCCGGAUAGUAGCGAUUACUCGACAUUUCAGAACACCUAGUUGAUAUUUAUCGCUGACUAUCUUCGUAUUGUUUGGCCAGCAGGAAAGUUCGUCUCAUUUCACAAUAUCAAAGUACACUGUACACACUGUAGUUUCUUGUAAUCAUUAGCCGGUCAUGCUUAAAAAUGCCUAAAUGAAACCCACUUUUUAGGAAAGAUUCCUCUCGGGCGUGUUAAGUGCCAACUUUAACCAACAAUUUCAUAGAAAAAAAGACCCGCGCACACGGAUCUGUUCGCAUCAACUACUGCCCCGAGUUGACGCCAAUUCCACGCUUGCUGAAGCAGCAACGAAAGCAUAUUUAGUACAUAACCCUUUUAGUACGACUACACAGCAAAAUAGCCAUGUCGCACUAUUUGCAGGAACCACUCCAGUAAGGAAUGCCUUUUUAUAUAAGGAGCUGCGCAGUGACCGUACCUCAAGCUAUGCAUGAUAUUUUGUUACCAUGCUCGCCUUCAU